AACAAAAACACAAAUUGGUUGUCUUCACAGAUCCAAAACAAAACACAUAUUCAUCACUUUCUCAUCUCUCAACUAUAGAGUCAACGACCAUGGCCGACGCUCUCAUCUCCAGUGUUGUAGAACAGCUGAUCGAAAUCCUGAAGCACCAAGCCCAGGAGCUAAAAAGAACUUUGGGUGUGGAGAAGGAGAUCGCAAACCUCUCAUCAAAGCUCGAGAAAAUCAGGGAAGUACUGGAUGAUGCAGAGAAGAGAAGCAUUAAGGAAAAGGGCAUCGAGCUCUGGAUCGAAAAUAUCAAAGACUUCUCCUACCAUGUGGACGAUGUUCUGGACGAGUGGAGAACCAGAACUCUGAGACAACAGAUCGAGAGUUCAGCUCCAGUAAGGGGUAGAAAGGUAAGUCUCAGCUCUUUCCUGCCUUCGCGUUUCCAUUACAAAAGGUUUGCUAUGCAUCGAGACAUCGCCAAGAAAAUAAAGGAACUUGAUUCAACACUUGAUCGGAUUACGAAAGAGAAAGAUCAGUUCAAAUUUGAUUAUGCAUCUAUAACACACACUUCUGCAGCAUCACACUCUGAUCAAGAAUUGAUGCGAGUCACCACUGCGUUUGAUGUGGAUUCGUCUGAGAUUCAAGGUAGGAAAUCUGAUGCCAGUGCUUUAAUAAGCAAGUUAGUGGAGAAUUCUGUAGAAGACGAAGCAAGAAAUGGAAAUGGCCCCCCUGUGAUUUCCAUAGUGGGCACCGGAGGGAUAGGGAAAACUACCCUUGCUCAACUAGUCUUUGGCGAUGAACAGAUCAAGACUCAUUUUGAUGAAAGGGUGUGGAUAUGUGUUUCCGACCCCUUUGACCAGAUCAAGAUUGCAAAAGCCAUUGUUGAGUCAACCACUAAGAGCUCCACGGAUCUGUCUCAAUUGCAUGUAUUACUGGAAAAAAUCCAAAGCAUUUUGUCUGGAAAAAGGUUCCUACUUGUGAUGGAUGAUGUGUGGACAGAGCAGUCUGCAAAGUGGGAGCCAUUAAAGAACUCUCUCAAGGAUGGACUCCCCGGGAGUAGAAUCUUGGUGACCUCAAGGAGUGAGAGGGUUGCUAGAAUGAUGGGAAGUGCGUAUCUGCAUCACUUGGAUCUAAUAUCUGACGAGGAAGCUUGGUUGUUGCUUAGCAGGAAAGCAUUUUCUGGGAGAAGGGAAGAGGAUUGUGAGAAAUUGAAAGAUAUUGGUCAGAAAAUUGCUCAAAAGUGCAAAGGAUUGCCGCUUGCUGCUAAGGUCAUGGGAAGCCAGCUAUGUUUCAAAGACACUAGAGAUGAUUGGCAAAAUGUUUUAGACAGUAAAAUUUGGGAGUUGGAGGAAGUGAAAACAGACCUCUUCCCUCAUUUGUAUCUAAGCUACAAUGAUUUGACCCCAAAGAUGAAGCAAUGUUUGUCAUACUGUGCUGUCUUUCCCAAAGAUUAUGAAAUAAAGGUAGAUAAGCUCAUCAGAAUUUGGAUGGCACAAGGUUAUGUGACGAUGGAAUCAAAAGGCAGGGAGUUAUUUGGGGGUUUAGCUAUGCGCUCUUUCUUCCAAGAUUUGGAGAAAGAUGACAUGGAUUCCAACAUUAUCAUAUCUUGCAAAAUGCAUGACAUAGUGCAUGAUUUUGCCCAGUUUCUUACCAAAAAUGAAUGCUACAGUAUUGACCAGCACGAGGAUGAUGUUGGAAUUAAAAAUCUACGUCAUCUGUCAUGGCAGAACACUGGUAGGAAUGUGAGUCUCGCUUCCAUUUGUGAUAUUGGAAAACUUCGCAGCUAUUUUGGUGAACACCUUUCUCUGGAAGAACAUAUUCCUGAUUUGUUCAAUGAUCUAAAAUCUGUGAGAGUAUUAAGAUUGCAUGGCUGGGAGUUGCAAAAACUCCCAAAGGAGAUAGGAAAUUUGAUUCAUCUAAGAUACAUUGAUUUAAGUAGGUGUGGUGUAGAGGAGUUACCGGAUGCAAUUUGUUCUUUAUAUAACUUGCAAACUUUAGAUCUUAGACAUAAUGAUUUUUCUAAGUUGCCCGAAGGGAUUGGAAAUUUGAGUCAACUAAGGUACAUUAAUUUAAGUGGUAGCAAAGUAGAUGCGUUACCUAAUACAUUUUGUUCUUUGGGGAACUUGCAAACUUUAGUUCUCAAAAGAUGUAAGCAAUUUUCUAGACUACCUGAUAAGAUUGGAGAUUUGAGUCAGCUAAGGUACAUUAAUUUAAGGUAUUGUGACCAAGUGGAGGAGUUACCGAAAGGGAUUGGCAAUUUGAUAAACUUGAGACACCUUAACAUCAGAUACACCUAUAGUCUGCAGAUGAUGCCCCAAGGUAUCGCAAAGCUAACUCAGCUUUGUAGUUUAAGUGCUUUUAAGGUGGGGAAAGAGUCAAGUAAGUUGGGAUACAUGGAGAAGCUGAACCAACUCAAAGGAGAGUUGUCCAUAAUUUUUUGUUGCAAUCUGAAUAACGCAGCAGAUGUGGAGGAAGCAAAGAAAGCAGAAUUGAGAAACAAAAAGCACAUCAAAGAAUUGUGUUUGGUUUUCAGUGAGGUAGUCAAUGUGGGAAUAGAUGUGAUGGAAGCUCUGAAACCACCUCUGGAACUACAAACCUUGAAUUUUAAUGGGUAUGGAGGAACCCAUUUCCCUUCCUGGAUUACACUGUCCCUUGAUAAUCUACGGAGUCUUGACAUCUACGAGUGCAUAAAUUGUUCAUCUUUGCCUCCAUUAGGAAAACUCCCUUCUCUCGAGACUCUUUUCAUAAUCAGCAUGAAAGAGCUAAGAUAUGUAGGGAGUGAGUUUUUGGGAGUAGCAGAAGUAGGUGCUGUUGCUUUUCCAAAGCUGAAGGAAUUGCACUUCUACAAUUGUGACGAGUUGGAGGAGUGGGAAGACUUCAAAGAAGAAGCAACAAUAAUAAUAAUGCCAUGCAUCAGGGAGUUGCAACUAGUUUAUUGUAGCAAACUUAAGACAGUGCCACAUCACCUCUUAAGUAGGCCAUGCAUCAGGGAGUCUUUGUAUAUCAACAACUGUCCGAGUUUGAAGGUGGAUAGAUCGAGUGAAAUAUGUGACAGCCCUACGUACUUGUAAUUAUAUCUCAUGCUUACUAAGUUAAUAGUCCAAUCAACUUCAUCAUUUGAACAAAAACUAUCUCUUUUACA